CUGGCUGACUCCGACAGCGAUCUCUAUAAGAAUUUCAACAUUGUCAUAUCGGAACGAUGGCAAAACGAAAUUGCAGAGACUAUUUUCGAGUCACAAUGGAAAUUCAGUGCAAAUCAGGAUGCCGACAAAGCUGAGACCAAGAAGCGAUCGAAGCAAAAGGCAAAAAUGAAUGUUGACGAGAAAGAUUCUGAUGUAAUUGUUCAUGGCUAUAUCAAGAAGCUCGGUGGUCCGUUCACAUCAGCAUGGCAAACUCGAUAUGGCAAACUCUACCCGUCGCGACUUGAACUUUACCCAGAAUCUUUGAGUGGAAAGCCAGAGCUGGUGUUCAUGGAUCAAAUUGAAGACGUUUGCGCUGACUUACAUACGGUCAAGGGAGAGAACGCUAUUGUGGUGAAAUUACGGGAUGGAUUCAAAGAGCCAAGAAUUAGCUUGACGAAUUCGGAUGAGAUCUCACUGAAGGAAUGGCACACUUCACUGCGAACCGCACACAAGGUUUCAUCGGAGCUACUGCAACGAAUGGGACGAAAGGCGAUCAAGAUCUAUGGCGUUAACCACGACCCGAUGCUUAGCGAGACAGAUCGACCUGCUUCUGUCUCCAAGUACAUGAAUCGAGCCUCGAGUGUCGAUUCAACUGUUUGA